CCCGAGAUCGCGGCUGACCAUUUACUCGUAAGCUCUCCAGCGAACCGGACGGUCCUGCCGCUGUCUCUCUGUCUCAACUCCACCGCCGGGGCAUCCUUUCUGUGACAUACGACAACGUGCUUGUGUGUAUGUGAGUGUGUGUGUGGUGCAACCAAGUGACUCGUAGAUUUCACGACGACGACGCGAGCGAGUGUGUUUGUGUGCCUGAAAGCCUUCGGAAAGGAAACGAAUCGUUGAUUGAUCCGCAUUUGGAGGAGUUUCGUGUGGAAUUUCGUGCCCCCCGUAAAAUGAUGAAGUUAACCGUCCUGAGCUGCUUGGUCGUGGUCGUCCUCAUGAUUCAUGCAGGAGACGCCGCUCCACGCUAUCAGGUGCUGGAACCACGCGAAGGCUACGUGCCCGUGUACAUCCGCGUCGGUGAUCAACCGUUGGCAGACAUUAAUCCGGAGCUGGCGGCCGCCUUCCAGGAGUCAGUAGGUCGCGUCAGUCGCUCCGAGCUGGCUCAAGCACUGCAAGCUGAUCAUGGUGUCGCUGAUCAUUCCUCGAGCUUGGUGGCCUCGAACUCACAUUCGGCAUCGGAUGAGCACAAGAUACUGCUGGCGGGAUCGGCCGUCCCGAAGCCGGCAGCGGAACCGGCCGCUAAACCUGCAGCCGAGCCUGUAGCCCAACCGGCAGCUUAAGGUGGUGGAACGGAAAGCUGCUUAAUGCCUUCUCAUCUGUACCAGAUGACACAGUUACACACUAACCGGCACAGUUACCUGUGCGAGCGUGCACAAAUCGAUGUUAUUUAUUUCGUUAUCGCGAAACCACCACCCUGUACUAACCACAGCAGAAUCCCCAGCGGAUUGCUGAUUCCGAAACAUUCCCAAUAAAGUACUGCACCGUGGUUCUAAUGA